AUGAUCGUUGUCCAGGUGACCGCGAAAAGCCUCGUGCAGAGCGAACUUCCAACUCUGCAGAUCGAUUCAACUCGCCUUACCACCCAUCCAUCUAUACAAGAUAAGGUAUAUUUGCGCCAACUGUGCCAAUGGGAUAAGUUCGAGCGCGAUGCAAGGAUGCAUUUCGAGAGCCAGCAAUUUUCAGAGAAUGUCCUUGGGUAUACAGGCCCAGAGCCAGAGUCUGACAUUUCGAGGAAAGAAGUCUUUCUAUGCGGAGACGAAAGCUCAGUGGUUGGAAGAUUCGGUCAACACGUCGGUCAUGUCAUGACAACAGUCUUCCAAAAUGCCGAGUCGCUUCAUGAUGUCAGCUUCGGUGAUUUCAAGGCCCAAAGCACACAGAAAAACUUGGAAAAGUAUCCUGAUAUUGCCGUUGGACAAAAGGGAAGUCUAUUUUUUGUUGGGGAGGCAAAGACCCCGUGGUUGCACCCACUUGAUGGUAGUAUUUACAGUGACAAGAACGGCCACCCGUUUAGAAAGCUCCUCGGCCAGAUAUGUGGAUACAUGAAUGAUCUCGGGUUGGAAUAUGGGUUUUUGACAACAUAUGAGCAGACAAUCUUCUUGAAACGGGAAAUGCAUGCAAAAAACUCCGAUGCUCUGAAGCAUAACUUGGUUUUGUGGCAUUCCCCGGUGAUCUACCAUAAUACAUCAUCCCAGAUCCCCGAAGGCGCGACAAUCUACCUUGACUAUAGGAAGAAAGUUAGUCUUCGGGAAUGCUUCUUGUAUCUUGUGUCUCUCGCCCGACAAGAUCUCGAACAGAAAAAUUCAGAUGGUGACGCCAAGCGGAAGUAG